GGAGGGCCAGUAGAAAGUCCAGAGCAGAGCAGAGCAGUCAGUACCUGGGAGCGUGAGCUGUGAAAUUUCCUUUCUUUUCCUAUCACCAAUGCGCUAGUUGCAAAACUUUGUGUGUCAAUGCCAAAAAUUAGCAACACGGAUUCCAAACAGAAAUUGUUGAAGCAGUCAAGAUUGGGCAAAAGUCUGUCAUCGAAAAAAGGAUCCCGCACGGGAAAUUCGGCCAACAAUAAGGAACUUAAAGUACUGACCCUGCUGCAGACUGUACCGUGAACUUUGAACUCU